AUGCUUUCAAGGGGAAGACGCGUCUUGCUUGCUUGCUUGACUCGUGGCAGCCGUGGGAGGAGGAGAGUUACUAGUGCUGUUGCCUCUACUGCUCACCCUUCCUUCCUCGUCCUCAACUCACCAUAUCCCUCCUCUCCUCUCCUCUCCUCUCCUCCUCUCGCCCCUUUGUCUUUCGCCUUUCCUCGCCGUUUUCCUUGUGCGUCUUUGCUGCAACCCGAGACCACCCAUCAGCCCAUCAUCUGUCCACAACGCCGCUAUCAUGGCCCCGUUGCUUGCCAGCAGCAGGCUCGCCUCUCAUCACGCGUUGCUCCAACCCUUGCCGGCUCGUUUCACGCUUACAUGUAG